UCGAGGGCGGGUCCGUUAUUCGGUAUAAAGGAUUCCUCCGCCGGGUUAACCGUUCUACUUAUUCGAGCCCUUGAGUCCGGGGUCAGACGGGCCAGCCAGACGAGAACAGAUUCCACGUAGAAGCGUUGCGCCAUGGGGAAAGAGAAGAUCCACAUUAAUAUUGUCGUCAUAGGGCACGUCGACUCCGGUAAAUCCACUACCACCGGCCACCUUAUCUACAAAUGCGGCGGCAUUGACAAAAGAACUAUCGAGAAGUUCGAAAAGGAAGCGGCCGAGAUGGGGAAGGGCUCCUUCAAAUAUGCCUGGGUGCUGGACAAACUAAAGGCCGAGCGUGAACGUGGCAUCACUAUUGACAUUUCACUCUGGAAGUUUGAAACCACCAAGUAUUAUGUCACAAUUAUAGAUGCCCCAGGCCACAGAGACUUCAUAAAGAACAUGAUCACUGGCACCUCACAGGCUGAUUGUGCUGUGCUGAUUGUUGCUGGAGGUGUUGGAGAGUUUGAAGCUGGCAUAUCAAAGAAUGGGCAAACUCGUGAGCAUGCACUACUGGCUUUCACCCUGGGAGUAAAACAGCUCAUUGUUGGUGUAAACAAGAUGGAUUCUACUGAACCACCCUACAGUCAGAAACGAUAUGAGGAAAUAACAAAGGAAGUUAGUGCAUAUAUCAAAAAAAUUGGUUACAAUCCUGUUACAGUGGCAUUUGUGCCAAUCUCUGGCUGGCAUGGAGAUAAUAUGUUGGAGCCUAGUGCCAAUAUGCCCUGGUUUAAAGGCUGGAAGGUUGAGCGCAAAGAGGGAGGAGCCAAUGGUGUUACCCUCCUGGAAGCUUUGGACUCUAUCUUGCCCCCAAGCCGGCCUACAGACAAGCCCCUGCGAUUGCCCCUGCAGGAUGUCUACAAAAUUGGAGGUAUUGGUACUGUUCCUGUUGGCCGUGUUGAGACUGGGGUCCUGAAACCUGGUAUGGUUGUGACUUUUGCGCCUUCCAAUGUGACCACUGAAGUAAAGUCUGUGGAAAUGCAUCACGAGGCUCUGGCAGAAGCACUUCCAGGAGACAAUGUUGGGUUUAAUGUGAAAAAUGUGUCCGUCAAAGAUAUUAGACGGGGGAAUGUUGCUGGAGAUAGCAAGAAUGAUCCUCCAAUGGAGGCUGGCAGCUUCACUGCCCAGGUGAUCAUCCUGAACCACCCUGGCCAAAUUAAUCCUGGUUAUGCUCCAGUACUAGAUUGUCACACAGCUCACAUUGCCUGCAAGUUUGCAGAGUUGAAGGAAAAGAUUGACCGCCGUUCUGGCAAGAAACUGGAAGAUAAUCCCAAGUUACUGAAGUCUGGUGAUGCUGCCAUUGUGGAAAUGAUCCCUGGGAAGCCAAUGUGUGUAGAGAGCUUCUCUAAGUACCCUCCUCUAGGUCGCUUUGCUGUCAGAGACAUGAGACAGACGGUUGCGGUUGGUGUUAUUAAAGCAGUUGACAAGAAAGCUUCAACCAGUGGGAAAGUCACAAAGUCUGCAGUGAAAGCGGGAAAGAAAUGAGGUUCUAUUUGAACUGGAUUUUGACUGGAACCGACCUGAUUUAGCACAUGCACUGAAUAUUCUCUACACCUGAUAAUGCUGCUAUUUUUGAAUUAUUGGCAAUAAACAUUUGACACAC